CAUUUCCGGUUUAGAAACAGUCCUCUUCCCGUUGUAAACACAUCGCUUGGGUGGUGGUGUGUCUGACAGUUAUAAAUAAUUAAAAACAAGUUAUCUUGCAUUUUAAAACAGCACGUUAGCAUACAGUAUAUCGCUAAGAAUGAAGAAGUUUUUCGACGACAUCAAGAAAGACAUCAAAUUCAAGUCAGCAGGGCCAGGAAAGAAACUUACAGAUGAAGCAAGCUCUAAACCUCAGGCCUCACAGGCUUCUCAUGCAGCGUCCAGGAAGGCACCGACAGCGGGCGCACAGAUGGCAGGGGCUGCGGCCCUCGCCAGGAUCGAGCAGCAGCACCGGCCCAAGGUGCACACGUCUCAGGAUGCCAUAAGAAUUCAGGUGAAGCGAGAACUUGAAGCGGAGGCGGCCGCCGUAGUGGCCAGUCUGAAGAACACCGAGAUCGAGGCAAGUCUGAGGGGCUCGGCUGUUCCACAGAGGGAUCUAUCGUCUUUCUCAGUGUCAGGAGUUUUCUUCACCUGUCCUCUUACCGGAAAAACUGUCACAAAGGCUGAAAGAGAGUUGCACAUCAAAGAAGCCAUUCUGAUGAGAUUUUCCGAGGAUGCAAUAGAGGCCUCCAUAAUGAUGAUUCACACCUUUAACAAAGACAAAGAGAAAGUCAAAGCUGCCAUCGACAUCAUUAGCAAGUAUAUCGAAAACAUCUGUAAGAAUCCAACUGAGGAAAAGUACAGGAAGAUCAAAGUUGGCAACAAAGUGUUUCAGGAGAAGGUCAGUGGGAUUGAAGGAGCUCGAGAGUAUCUGCAGGCUCUGGGCUUUGAAAGCAGCACACUGCCGAUUGAUGGAGAAGAAAGGACUGAAGAUUUCCUAGUGUUGCCAGAGCAGGAUUCAGAUGCUCUGGAGCAGAUGAAGACUCAUCUGGAGCGGCUGCAGAAAGGCGAAGCAGUUCGAGCCAAGCUGGACCGUCAGCUGCAGGUCUUCAGGCCGUCCCAGAACGCCACACACUUUGAGCUGCCGCCAGACUUCUACAACCUCAGCGCAGAGGAGCUGAAGAAGGAACAGCAGCUGAAGAGCGAAAUGGUGGAGAAAAACGCAAUGCUGCGAACGAAAGCCAUGCGUGAGAAAGACGAGCAGAGAGAAAGACGGAAGUACAACUAUGCGCUUUUGAGAGUGAGGCUACCAGAUGGAAAUAUACUCCAGGGUACUUUCCUGGCAUGGGAGCGCUUGUCAGCGCUGUACCAGUUUGUGCGCGAUUCGCUGGAGAAUGACUGGCAACCCUUUGAGCUGAUGGCACCCGGAGGACAAAAACUGAAGGAUGAUGAAGAGACGCCCAUCAAUGAGUGCAAUCUGGCCCCAGCAGCUCUUCUGACCUUCUCCUGGGACGCUGCAGUGCAGGCCGACAUCGCCGCCGCCGGAGGAAAGACUGCAGUUCUGCUAAAACAAGCUCUACUAGAGAACAUCAGGAGCCUCAGCUGAACAUUAAGCCUUCACGUGUCACUGCUGACCCCCGCCUACAUCUCUUGCUGCUCCCAGUGAGUCUCCUAUCAUCCACAGUCCCACACGGUUUCGAAAGGACGGGCCCCGAUUCAAUUGCGCAUGUGGAUUUAUACGGUGCUCACCACACUUUGACUUUGUCCUGUCCCAUCAUAUGAUAUGAGGAGCUUUAGCACCUUAAGGGCCAAUUUCCAAGCAUUCUGUCCUGUUGUAAUGCAUUCUUGCCUGAGGUAAUAUGACCAGUCGUCAUGUGAUGAAGGAAGAUGCUCGAUUUGUGAUUGGAAAUGUGGAUCUGUUGCACUUUUUAGCUACUGCUGAGAGAGAAAUGUUAAUGUAACGUAAAAUCAGAAGCACUGUUUAAAGUCGAGCACUACAAAGUUUAGGUUGUCCUAUGUUUUGUAUUAAUGUUUGGUUUCCUGCGCAUGAAUGUUUUAAUGCCUGCUUAAUUGCACACAGCUCUGGUCUUUAACAACGAUCUACCUCCUGUUGCUAAUAAACAUCCGCUCAAUUUAGCUGUCAACUAGUUAGGUUAUUGUAUAAUUAAACCCAAAUUUACUUUGUAUGGAAGGUCACUAGGGCCAAAAAUCUUCAAAUGAAAGUUCAACUGUGUUAGUUUUCUUUAUUUUUUAUAAAUGAAUGAUUUUGAGGCACCAGAUUUGAACGCAUUUCUUUAGUUCACAUUAACAUACAGGUUGUUUGGAGUAGCAUACAUUUUGGCAGUGCCAAGAUAAACACUUCUUCAGUAAAGCAUUGACUGACCAUUUGCGUCAGUACUUCAUAAUUAAAUGACAUCUGAUGUUUGUAAACUUAUCUCAAUAUAGCAUAGCAUGACAUGAAACCUGUCCCAAAUGCAGUUUUCAUUGCCUGCUGUGUACAGUUGAAGUCAGAAUUAUUAGCCCCCCUUUGAAUUUUUUUUCCUUUUUUUAUAUUUCCCAAAUGAUGUUUAACAGAGCAAGGAAAUUUUCACAGUAUGUCUGAUAUUUUUUCUUCUAGAAAAAGUCUUAUUUGCUUUAUUUUGGCUACAAUAAAAGCAGUUUUUAAUUUAAAAAAUCAUUUUAAAGGUCUAAAUUAUUAGCCCCUUUAAGCAAAUUUUUUUCAUGAUAGUCUACAAAACAAACCAUUGUUAUACAAUAACUUGCCUAAUUACCCUAACCUGCCUAGUUAACCUAAUUAAGCUUUUAAAUGUAACUAAGCUUUAUAGAAGUGUCUUGAAAAAUAUCUAGUCAAAUAUUAUUUACUUUCAUCAUGGCAAAGAUCAAAUAAAUCAGUCAUUAGAAAGGAGUUAUUAAAACUAUUGUUUAGAAAUGUGAUAAAAAAAUAAAAAAAUUCUGACUUUAACUGUAUAUGAAUAUUACUGGUUCCAAUUUAAAGACUUUUGGCCCCAACGACCUUCCAUAUUAUUAUUAUUAUCUUUUUUUGCAAGCUGCAUGCAACCUAAAUUGUAUCAUCAUAUUAUUUGUGCAGAGUAUUUUCGAACUGCACACGCUCUUGCAUGUUCACCUCGCACAUGCGAUUUUUGCACAAAGUUUGCCCAUGAUGCUCCUGUCCCACUAUGGUUAAGUCAUCCGGUGUAGUUUGUAUUUAUAAUUACGACAUCAGAGGUGUAUUCCAAAAAACAAUACUGACUUGCUGUCACAUACUCUGAACAUAAACAAAGUAGCUUACUCAAUGUAGACCAGUUCCAAAAUCACACCUAGAAGUUUAUCCAGCAUACUUCCGGUUGGCUUCUUUGAUGUCAGUACCUUCAUAACGAAUGUCAGAUUAAGACAAAAAUAAAUUCAAUUGAUAGUGCCCCUUUCUGGACAUACUAUUUUUAAUUGUGAACCAAAAUUUAAUAGUUUAACCAUUAACGGUGGGGGAAUCCCACUUAUAAUAAUGAAUUUUAUUUGUGCUUCUCAUAGAUACACUCUUUCUGCUAUGACUUGAACGCACACGCAACUCAUGUAGGAUAUGAAGUUAUUUAAUUAAGCUGAGAGAAAAAAACACCAGCGUAAGACGAUAACAUUCUAGUGCACACAAGCUUAGCUAGGGCUGGGCAAUAUGGCAAAACUGCAUCCUUUGAUUAUUUUCCAUACUGAACGAUAACGAUAUUGAUUCUGAUAUCAGUUGUUAAUGCUUGCAGAUUUAAAAGAGUAUCACAACAAUGACUGAAGCCACAAAAAUAAGAAGGUCCAUUAAAUGACAACAUUUUCAGCUGAUACAUUUUCCGUAGCCGAAAUCUAUUGGUUCUUAGAUCAAUAGUCAAAAAGUCCAGAGCGUAUCAUUGUUAUUGACAAAUUUUAUCGCAGUUCGAUAUAAUAUCGUUUAGUGGCCCAGCCCUAUGCGGAGCUAACAAAUGAAGUGCAAGUAAAGAAGGGAAAAGUGUUCAUGUCAAAUCGUACAAUUAAGCUAUCGAUUAAAAAAGCUGACACAGGUAAAUGACUAGAAUAUCAGUAAAACUAUAUGUGCUACAAACCAGUGUAUUAUGAUUAGUUCAAUUUCAGCCAGCUUGUACAGCUAAGCAGAGGCAAACACAGGAAGUUGGAAAUACAUUUAAAUAGAAAAGAUGAACAAUAUUACAACUAUAUUAAUGUAGAAUGACUGUAAUAGUUGCAGAAGAACAUUGUCAGAAGCUUGUUCCUUUAUUAAACCAUGCUGUAUUGUCAAAAAUGAACAGUGCUUGUGCUUUACACUCACCGAUUUGUAGACAUCAAAACGUUGUUCUGUUGCUUUUGGUGUGAUGUUUGAAAUAAAAAGCAUCGUCCGAUGAGAGGAACCAAACUGGCCUCACUGUGGAAAAAUCUACCAUUUGGAAGGAAAGACGUUCCCUAACAGCAAAUUAAAAGUUGUUCAUUUUUUUAAAUAAUGCUUUAUUUAAACAAGCUUUGUUAGAAACCCAUUACAACUGCAAACUACGGCGCAGUUUAUUUGUAACAAUUACGAAAACACUUCGCCAUAAGCUGCUUGUUCCCCUUCUCCCCCCCAUGCUGGACGGCCACCUACUAUUUCAGCUUCUACACCAUUGCUCAAAAUAACAAAUGUAGUAUUUACACCGUAUAUAGCAGCAUGGCGGGUGCUAGAUUUAUACAAAGCCUCUUGGAAAAGAAAACAAGGGGAAGGACCUCCGGUGGGGGUAGAAGAAUGAAAUAAACAGAAGUGGAAUAUAAAAGUGCAAUAUAUUUCAAUUGUCGCUAUUUUUGAAAGACAUACACCAGUUCAAGUAUUCUGAGAGGAGAAAUAGACAAAAAAAUAUCUAAAUUUAAAACAAUGGGGCCGAGCACUCAGCAUCAACGUCCUGAUUGGUGUCAGAGAAUGAGCAGAGCCUUUACACACUCUGAAAAAGUGGGAGCUCUCUUAUGAAGAAGAGCGGUACACCAACUAACGGACCUCCACUUAAAGAAGAGGGAACAUUGAUUCAUUCUGGGGACCUUUAAUACUGUGAGAUCCUUCGAAUCGGGUGAUCGGAUUUUGAGCGUCUGGUUCAUGUGCAUGCAAACCCAGGUGUCAGAGGUCAGGCAGUGGCAGGGGUGGGACAAGGCAGGGCGUGAGCAGCAGUUUCAGAUGCACUCGUGUCCAUGGGCUCUGCUUCUCGAUCUGUUUGUGGCAAGGAUGUGUUGGCGUCCUGUUCAGAGGAACCUGUUAAGAAUAAAGAAAAAAAAUAAGUAAAUUUUUAAAAAGUACUUAAGUAGAUUUUUCUGGUAUCAGUACUAAUACUCCUUACUUUUUUCACAAAUAUCUGUACUUUCUACUCCUUACAUUUUUAAAUCGGGUUGUUACUUUCAUUUUAAUGUGUUUUGUGGCGCAAUCUAUAUUCUUUCUCGUCAUUGUGCAAUUUGAAUGCAUUUUUGAUUUAAUCAAUCUAUUUUUGUCAUAGUGUGCCUCAACCUCUGAUCAAGCACCGCAAGUAGGCUUGUUUAUUCCGCUUAUCAAUGGGAACGGCAAAAAUGGCGAGCGUGGAUGAGACAGUCAACGAUGUAAACAUGACUUGUGUCAUGUUUAUACUGGAUAGUAAGUUGCAUUUUGGUCUAUCGGAUUACUGGUAAAUACAAAACAUUCCUGUUCAAAUCUGGCAUUUAAAUUUGGUCUGAAGUAUUUUGUCCACUUUCGACCAGGGUGUACUGUACUGUCUUUGAUCUUCCCAUCUAAAACGUGACAAAAAACGUUAACAAUCAUGAGCUUUUUUGUCAACGUUUGUAGUUAGUACUAAAGCAAAUAAAUACUUUAUGAAUACAA